AGUAUACCCUAUAUAUCUUCUCAACAAAUAAUUACAAGCUUCUCAUUCUCCAUCAAGCUGCCACCAUAACACCCUUUUGUAUCGGCGUAAAACCAACGAACAACCGAAAUCAUUGAAAACCCACCAUAUAUCCCGGCUUUAUUCCGCCGGAAAGCACCUAAAUUCAUCACCCUCAUGCUUCCUCUUUUCGAUACGCCUCCUUCCCCGCAUAAACCCCAAAACCCAGAACUAGAUCGGAAAAGUUCCUUCGGUUCACUUAAACCUUAUCUCCCUCGCACAUGGCUUAUCUUCUUUGUCCUCUUCCUCCAGAUCAUCCUUCUCUUAAUCGCUCGCAAUUACCACAUAUCCACGGCCGUUAUCAUCCCCCAACACCUUCCUGAAGUGGCCGCCAUCACCGCCGUGGACGGCGGCGAUACCGAAUGCCCGUCCGGUAAGGUCUUCGUCUAUAACCUGCCGCAUUUUUUUAACACAGAAUUGUUAGAAAAUUGUCAUGAAUUGAAUCCCUGGGGUUCUCGUUGCGAUACGUACUCUAAUGAUGGUCUUGGACGCCCUGCAACAAAGCUAGCCGGAGUGAUACCGGAGAGUCUCACCGGAGCGUGGUAUUGGACGGAUCAAUUUGCAUCUGAGAUUAUUUAUCAUAAUCGGAUGUUGAACUACCGGUGUAGGACGCUAGACCCAGAAUCUGCUACGGCGUACUACAUUCCUUUGUACGCCGGCCUUGCCGUCGGAAAAUAUCUAUGGACGAAUAAUUACACGGCGGAGGAUCGUGACCUUCAUUGCCAUACGAUGCUGAAAUGGGUUCAUGAUCAACCUUAUUGGAAAAAAUCCAACGGUUGGGAUCACUUCAUUACGAUGGGUCGUAUCACAUGGGAUUUCCGCCGGUCUAAAGACGAUGACUGGGGUUCCCGAUGCAUCUAUUUACCUGGGAUGCGAAACAUCACGCGCCUCCUCAUCGAACGGAACUCGUGGGACUAUUUCGACGUCGGUGUUCCAUACCCCACCGGAUUCCACCCCACCUCGCCGUCAGAUGUCGAAACGUGGCAGGAGUUCGUUCGUACACGUACCCGUACCACCCUUUUCUGCUUUGCCGGCGCGACACGUGGCCUCAUCAAGAAUGAUUUCCGAGGACUCUUGCUAAACCAGUGUUACAACUCCUCGGGUUCUUGUCGGGUCGUGGAUUGUGGCGGGUCAAAAUGCUCCAACGGUACGUCGUUGAUACUUGAAUCUUUCCUCGGGUCGGACUUUUGUCUUCAACCCAGAGGCGACAGCUUCACCCGGCGGUCAAUUUUUGAUUGCAUGAUCGCCGGUUCAAUCCCGGUUUUCUUCUGGAACAGAACCGCUUACUCACAAUACGAAUGGUUCUUGCCGGGUCAACCCGAAAGCUAUUCGGUUUAUAUCGAUAAGAAUGAUGUUUUAAAUGGGAAAUCCAUAAAAGGUGUUCUUGAGAGCUUUGGGAAAGAUGAAGUGAGGAAAAUGAGGGAAAAGGUUAUACAAUAUAUUCCAAGAAUUGUGUAUGCAAAACCUCAUCAAGGUCUUAAGGGCAUGAAAGAUGCUUUUGAUUUGGCUGUGGAGGGAGUUCUGAAUAGAAUCAAAGAUCAAGAAAGAGAGGGAUUCAAAUGGUAAUUAUUUUUUUGCAUUAUUUAUUUAGACAUUCUAUUUUUUUUUAAAUUAUAUAUAAAAAUGAUUGUGAAGAAUUUGUUUUGGGAAUUGGGAUUAUCAUGAUGAUGGGCAAUGCGGAUGGUAGAAAUUAGUUGAUAGAUAUACAAGACGUAUCCAAGAGAAGUGAUAUGAUGAAUUUUGAGUUAAGUGGUUAUGGUGGGUGAUGCUAUAAAUGUAAAAUGUGUACAAUUUAUAUAGAUUUGCUACAAGUAGAUGAUGACAAUAAUGGACCUUGUUACAUUGUUUGCAGUAUAUAUUAUCUAUUAUUUUGUUA